AUGCGUGUGUGCAUCCGGCAGUGCCACCUACUCCUGGAUGUCUUCAAUUCCACGGAGCACGAGCUGACCAUCCGCGCCCGCGGCAACGAGGAGCUCAUCCUGCACGCCGGCGAGUACCAGCGGAUGGCCAUUCAAGUGGACAAGUUCAACUUUGAGAGUUUCCCAGAAUCCCCUGGGGAGAAGGGACAGUUUGCAAACCCAAAGCAACUGGAGGAAGAGCGGCAGGAAGCCCGCGGCCUGGAGAUCGACAGCAAGCUGGACGUCCACUGGAGAAUCAUAUCCUUUUCACAGCGGCCGCCUUGGCACUUGGUGCACCCUGCUUGGGGCUUCUGCCCACUGAGAAUUACCCCGGGUGGGGGGGCUUCACCACCAGAUGCUAGGCACACAGAGCUCAGAAAGGGCAUGCCAAGGAGAUAUGGACCAUGGGUGUCCUUCCUCAGCCCCUUCCUGGUCCCAGGGCCCCACCCACAAGGUGUGGAUUCAGGGUGAGGAAAGGCCGCCUCCCUGAAAUGUCUCGGGUCCCGUGUUUCUUGCCAGUGUUGAUGUUUGUGUUAGUGACACGUUCUCACGCCAGCCUGUCAUUGCUGGGCUUGGGGAGCGUCACAGAGUGACAGCUCAACACAGGACGCAGUUGUCUGGGAAAGUAGAGUCGCGUUGCGCAGCUCCCCGAGGCACCAGGGUGUUUCAGGAAGGUGUGCACGAGAGCGCCUGGCGCCACACAGGCCCCACGCUGGACUCGACAUCACGCCAGAAUCCCAGAUGCACGCGCAUGUGUGCUCAGCUGGCUUCAGAGCCCCUGCUUUGGGUGGGGUAUUCUGCGAGGCCCCCGAGAGGCCGAGGGGGAAGGAGGAGGCCUCCACGUGGCUUCCUGGCCUCGUUGGGCGUGGCUGUGCCUGCCGGGGGUUCAG